AUGCGACUCCCCCGCGUUGUGCUGCCGCCCGGGCGCCUCCUCACUGUGUCCUGCUGCUCUCCAGCCCUACCAGCCUGGGCUGCCCGGUCUGCCUGGACUCCGCCUGCUGCCCCAGGCCCCCGCCGGUCCCCUCCGGGUCCCUGCCACCCCCGUGACCUCUGCCCCCCUUGCAGGCACCCGUUUUCGGGCCGCGACGUGCCCAUCUCCAACGGUUCGGGUUUCCUGGUGUCUCCGGAUGGGCUCAUUGUGACCAACGCGCACGUGGUGGCAAACCGGCGGCGCGUGCGGGUGAAGCUGGCCAGCGGGGAGCAGUACGACGCGGUGGUGCAGGACGUGGACCAGGUCGCAGACAUCGCCACCAUCAAGAUCAAGCCUAAGCGCCCGCUGCCCACCCUGCCCCUCGGCCGCUCCUCCGAGGUGCGCCAGGGAGAGUUCGUGGUGGCCAUGGGCAGCCCCUUCGCCCUGCAGAACACCAUCACCUCCGGCAUCGUCAGCUCCGCGCAGCGCGGCAGCCGGGAGCUGGGCCUGAGCACCUCUGACAUGGAGUACAUCCAGACCGAUGCUGCCAUCGACUUUGGGAACUCCGGGGGUCCCCUCGUCAACUUGGAUGGCGAAGUGAUUGGAGUGAACACCAUGAAGGUGACGCCGGGCAUCUCCUUCGCCAUCCCCUCAGACCGGCUGCGGAAGUUCCUGCAGAAGGAGGAACACCGCAAAAGCUCUUGGUUCGGUACCGCAGAGACCAGGCGCCGUUACAUCGGAGUGAUGAUGCUGACUCUUACGCCCAGCAUCCUAGCUGAGCUGAAGCUACGUGACCCCAGCUUUCCCGAUGUUUCCUACGGAGUGCUGAUCCACAAGGUGAUCAUCGGCUCCCCAGCCCAUCAGGCAGGGAUGAAGGCAGGCGAUGUUGUGCUGGAGAUCAACGGGCAGGCAACGCGCCGCGCAGAGGAUGUCUAUGAGGCAGUGCGGACACAGCAGAGCCUGGCCUUGCUGGUACGCCGUGGUUACGACACUUUGCUGGUGAGCGUCAUCCCCGAGGUCACGGAGUAGCCGUGCUGCCGCGCAAACCGCCCUGGGCGCUGGCUGGCGGUGCUGGCCGAGAGCCGAGGACGCAGGACUGAGACGCAUCUGUGUGCCCGCUGGGGAGAGACUGAGAGCUUGCGAUGGACUGAGGGGCCAGGCAGGGGGCACGGCACUGGGAUGGACUCAGUGUGCAACCACUCCCCGCCCUGCUCAAAUAAAGCACUUUUCUAGGGAG